AUUUUUUUUGUUGUCAUAUUUAAAGACCAAGAAGUUGUUGUUGUAAUGGGGAAACCUCUAAAAAUCUGGUAUCUCUGCAAAGCCCUGAAUGUGCUCUUUACAGGACAUCCAGACUUAAAACUGUGACAUGUAUGAUGUCAGAGAAAACCACUAAAAUAUAAUGUCCACUACAGAGGACAGAAGUCUAUUCCUGGGUCCCAGGAGGAUAUGCAUGAAUUUAAAACCUACAAGUAAAUGUAUAGCAUUAAAUGUAAAGUGACUUUUGAAAUUUGGUAAUCAAAAUAUAUGCUAAAGCUAAUUACUCUUUUGUUUGUAUUUUCAUUUUUUGUUUGUUUGUUUGUUUUUAACUUAUGCAGAGACUAUUUUAAGGCCAGAACACACCAAGCCGAUGCCGACGAAAGCAGACUGCGGGGUUGGCUCACGACGGCAGCGUCUGUGUCCAAAGUUGCCCUGACACACCAAACCGACGCUCAACAGCCGGCGGCCAAGUAGCACUUCCGUUCUGCUCCUGCGUAAGAAGAAAUGCCUUUUCGAACUAGCAGGUGGCAGUAGCUGAGCAGCCAAUCAGAAUGAUUAGAUGGCCCAACGGACCGACGAGCUCCGACGCUGAUUCAACAUGUCGAAUCGGCCGAAAAAAAGCCAACGAGGACCAACUUCAGCCGACGGUGCGGAACACACUGAGAAAACUUAGUCGGCCGACGAAGAAAAACUGCCCGACGGCCGACCGUCGACUUGGUGUGCUCCUGCCUUACAAGCAAGAGAGGCGAUUCUCCAAGCUUCAGAGAUACUCACAGUCCUGGGCACAAUGCGCCACAUCUCAUCCAUGGAUGAGAGGGACAGCCUAAUAAACCACUCUAUCCAUCAGUAUGUUGAUGGACGGGUACAUUCUGCAUUUCAAGAAUUCAUGGAAGGGCUGAGCACACUCAAACUGGCUGAGGCCAUCCAAGCACAUCCAGAACACUUCAAAGCCCUGUUUGUUGAAAACACUGAGAAGAUUUGUGCUCAGGACUUGAUCAAUCUAUUCCAGCCUGUGCUUUCUAUAGUAGGAAGUAGUCGGCGACAAGAGGAAAGCAGGGUGCUUUGCUAUUGGAGAGAUUGGCUAAUUGACAUCGAAGGGGGAGAAUGUGCAGAACUUCAGCUGGAGGACAUUUUGAUUUUCCAGGAUUCCAGAGGCAAAUACAUGCAGUAUAGUACUUCGACUACCAAUGCACAAGACUUUCACCGAAUUUAAGUUCUGGAUGGAGUCUGGCAUCAUUCAGUCUCCAACUUUUGGAGUUGCCUAAGUUCUCCACCACUAUGUUUUUAUAUUGGGGUUGUGGUUGGGGUGGGAAUGGGGGUUGGUGUUGUUGUUGGGGUUUGGGAAUGGGGGUUGGUUGGGGUUUAGAAAUGGGGUUGUCACAGUCUGUUUAGUUUCAGUUUCAGUUUAUGGACUUUCUGUUUGUGUUCUAUGAUCACAUGUUCUGUUUCCCGCCUUCAUUAUUAGUUCAUCAGUAUCACCUGUGUCUUAUUAAUCAUCCUUGUAAUGUUUGCUAUUUAGUUUCCCCCUGUUCACUCAGUCUUUGUCCGUUCACCGUUUGAGUAGGUUGUGUUGUAUCUCUGUGCCUGUUACCCUGUGGAUUACGUCAUUAAACUAGUAUUUGGAUUUAUUCUCCUCGUCUGUGCUCCU